AUGAAUGAUAUUGCUCAAACUGGAAAAUCAUAAGCCUCUGCUUAAGAUAUUCAUUCAAAAAUAGAAAGUCAAUUCUUAUAACGAUAUGCACAUUAUUUAAUUGGGGAUGAGUUUGAUUAAUUUCUUACUCCAUCAUUUGUCCAUAUGCUACACAUUCUGGAUUCAAAAAAAGUGAGUUGUGAACAGUUGAUAAAUUAUAAGACACAACAAAUUAAUAAUCAAAACACGGAGAGUCAAGUAUUUUUUGCAUUGAGAAAUUUCACUUUUAAUUCAUUCUCCUUGAUGUUUGAUCAGAAAUUAGAAAAUACAAACGUUUAUAAUAAGGAAGAAUACUUUCGAUCAAUUAGAACCACACAAGACCAAGCCAAUCGAAGACAUCAAUUUGUGCAUAAUCCGUCUAACUCUUUUAAUUAGGACAAGCAGGAAUAGCAUUAGCACAACUUCUAUGAGUUAUAUUCUAAUAAAUUAGCUAAGGAUCAAGGAGACAUACUUUAAGGAGAAAUAGUGAUAUUUGAGACCAGAAUUAAAUAUCCAGCCAACAAGGCCAAACAACUGUGUUACGAGAUCAAACAGAAAAUUGACAACCUUUUCAGAUCAACUACUAGGUAACAUCAGAUUAUUAGAUCAGAAUAUAUACCAUAUUUGGAAGAGUACAAAUAUCCAACCAUUGUGUUGAUAAUAAUAUACAACGGAGACGUGAAUCUAGAUUUCUCUAAACUUCUCCAAAUGAAUCAAAUAACCAUCAAUAGGAAGCAAUUUGCCUUAAAAGUUAAAGUGUACUUCAUCAGUAAACUCUCGUUGUUCAGUCAUUUUAGAGAGGUUAACAACCAAUCGAAGACUGAAUGCAUUACAGACAAGGUUGUUACAUUCUAUGACAUGAAUAGAGUGAGACAGAGGAGAUAAAAAGUGCUUAAAGAAAUUGAAGUAAUCAAGAAAUAAGCCUAAGUGAAUCAGAGCAAAAAGAAAAAGGAGUAGUAUUGGAAGUUGAGCAUUACAACUGGGUUGUGUGUGGCUGCUGCAAUCUUAUUUUUGAGUAAAAAAUAAAUAAAUCUCAAAAAGUUUGUCUAAGUUACUUCCAAAAUAGUUUGA